AUGGCGACUCUGCUACCACCACCACCGUCCAAGGCUAAACCUAUCUCAUUUUCAGCCCCCCACCGCCUAAAAAAUAUACCAGCAAAAACCCAUUUUCCUGCUAUUAUACAUGAAUAUCAAGAAUCAGUAUAUGAUGCUAAAAACAUUAGGAAAACACAAAAUUCCCUUAAUUAUGGUUUCAAAAGAAAAAUUGGAAAUGUCAAGAGUAGAAUACCCAUUGUGAGUGCAGCAUCAAUUCCAUAUCCAGAAUGUGGAAAAGAUUCAAAAUUUGGGAGAAUCUUGCUGUCCGAUGUGGUGGUGAAGAGGAAGAGGAAUGUGUAUUGGGGCAGAAAGUGGAAUUCUUUGGAUGUUGCCACCGUAGGGGUGGUGCUUGCUAUGCAUUUGCUGUGCCUCUUUGCCCCCUUUGCAUUCAAUUGGGGUGCUUUAUGGGUUGCUGUUGGAUUGUAUAUUAUUACUGGCCUUUUGGGUGUUACUCUUUCUUUUCAUAGACAUCUUUCUCACAGAAGUUUCAAGAUUCCCAGAUGGCUUGAGUACUUUUUUGCAUACUGUGGUGUUCAAGCACUUCAGGGGAACCCAAUUGACUGGGUGAGCACGCACAGGUACCAUCAUCAAUUUUGCGAUUCGGAAAAAGAUCCACAUAGUCCCAUGGAAGGAUUUUGGUUUAGUCACAUGAGUUGGCUUUUCGAUACGAAUUCCAUUGUUGAAAGGUGUGGAAAACCAAACAAUGUUGGAGAUCUAGAGAAGCAGCCAUUCUAUAAAUUUCUUCAAAGCACUUAUGUAUUCCAUCCAAUUGCACUUGGAGCAUUAUUAUAUGCAUUGGGAGGAUUUCCAUACAUUGUCUGGGGAAUGGGUGUAAGGGUCGUGUGGGUUUACCACAUUACUUGGCUAGUGAAUUCAGCUUGCCACGUUUGGGGAAAGCAAGCUUGGAACACGGGUGAUCUAUCAAGAAAUAAUUGGUGGGUGGCUGUGCUUGCAUUCGGAGAAGGUUGGCAUAACAACCACCAUGCCUUCGAAUAUUCGGCUAGACAUGGAUUGGAAUGGUGGCAAAUUGACAUGACUUGGUUUGUGAUUAGGUUUCUUGAAGCUAUUGGACUGGCCACUGAUGUGAGGCUACCCAACUCUGCCCAAAAGCAAAGGAUGACAUUCAGUAAUUGA